AAAUGGCAAAAGAUUGAACUCAAAAAGAAAUUCUUCAAACGAAAUGGUGGGCUAUUGUUACAGCAGGAAUUACGUGCUGCUGAAGGUUGGGUUCAAAAAACAAAAAUAUACAGUUCAAAGGAGUUGGAAGUAGCCACUGAUCGUUUUAAUGUGAAUAGAAUACUCGGUCAAGGUGGUCAAGGCACAGUUUAUAAAGGGAUGUUAGCAGAUGGAAGGAUUGUUGCUGUUAAGAAGUCCGUGGUCGUUGAUGAAGGAAAGCUUGAAGAAUUUAUCAAUGAGGUCGUCGUUCUUUCUCAAAUUAACCAUAGGAAUGUGGUUAAGUUGCUCGGUUGUUGCUUGGAGACUGAAGUUCCGUUGCUAGUCUAUGAGUUCAUUCCCAAUGGAAAUCUUUACAAGUAUAUCCAUGAUCAAAACGAAGAUUUAUUGUUAUCUUGGGAAAUGCGAUUACGGAUUGCCAUUGAAGUUGCUGGAGCACUUUCCUAUCUACACUCGGCGACAUCCAUUUCGAUUUAUCACCGUGAUAUCAAGUCUACAAACAUACUCCUAGAUGAGAAAUACAGAGCAAAAGUAUCUGAUUUUGGAUCUUCAAGAUCUAUAUCCAUCGAUCAAACUCACUUGACCACUCUUGUGCAAGGUACUUUUGGCUACUUGGAUCCCGAGUACUUCCAGUCCAGUCAAUUUACAGAAAAGAGUGAUGUUUAUAGCUUUGGAGUGGUUCUGGUUGAGCUCAUAAGUGGACAAAAACCGAUAUUUUCCGUAAGUCAGACAGAGACUAGAAGUUUAGCCACGCAUUUUAUUAUGUUGAUGGAAGACAAUAGACUGUCUGAUGUUCUUGAUGCUAGAGUUAAGGAGGGCUGUCAGAAUGAAGAAGUUAUCUCGGUUGCUAAUCUUGCGAAAAGAUGCUUGAAUUUGAAUGGGAAAAAUCGACCUACAAUGCGAGAAGUCACAUCAGAGUUGGAGAGGAUAAUUGGAUUGUCUCCAAAAAAGCUAAAUAUUCAAGAGAACUUUAAAAUACCAGAAAACACCAUGGAUGAUGCAAGCAAUGAUUGGGAUGCAGUUUCGACAUCAAUCACCGGUGAUUUUGCUACUGGCAGGACUACAUCAUCCGAUGGUGAAUCGUUGAUAAAUAUCACAACAUGCUGAUUCAACAACACAUAUCAAUCGCUGAAAACAUAUAUGCGUCUUUGUUUUUCUUUGCCCUUGCU